AUGAGAUCAAAAUCAUACCACGGAUUCGCCAUGCUUUUGAAGAUGUUGAAUGCGACAUCACAGGCAAAUCAAGAGCUGACUUUCUUCAUGCCAGAUGACAGAGAAUUUCAGCAUCCUCCAUUGCAGCAUAGAAUUGAGGAGUUCUUGUUGAGCCACGCCAUGCCAUGCCUUUGUAUUUCAGUGACUGAUUCAUUUCCCUAUUCCUACUGGCACCUUGUUCCUUCUGGGAUAAGGAACAAGAUGAUGAGAAUCCAUAACCGUGGGAGGGGAGCUUUCUUCCUCAAUAAUGCACAAGUCACCACUGCUACAUUUGCUUGA